UCCCCCUCCUGCUGCUGUUCAGCCCCGAGGAGCGCUGGGCCGGGCGGGCCGCCCAGCCGGGCUGGCGGCGGCUGCGGCGGCGGGGGGAAGAGGAAAAUGGCGGCGCCGCUGCUGUCCCUCUCGGAGGGGGAGGGCGCCCGGGCGCGGCGGCGGGAGCAGCUGCGGGCCUGGGCUGAGGCCGAAGCGGCGGCGCCUUCCUUGGGGCCGGCCCCGCCUCCCGCCGGCUCCUCUCUGCCUUCUUCCCCGGCGGCUGCGGCAGCCAUGGGCUCCGGUGGCCGCCCCUCCCGAGCCGUCCGCUUCGACGCGGCCGCCGAGUUCCUGGCCUGCUGCGCCGGGGCUGAGCUGGAGGCGGCGCGGGAGAUGCUGAGCGCCGACCCGGGAGCCGUCAAUGGGACCAACGCGGACGGCAUCAGCGCUCUCCACCAGGCCUGCAUUGACGAGAACAUGGAGGUGGUUGAAUUCCUGGUGGCGAACGGAGCCGAUGUGAACCAGGCAGACAACGAGGGCUGGACUCCACUGCACGUUGCUGCUUCCUGUGGCUACAUUGAAAUUGCACAAUACCUCUUGGACCAUGGUGCCAAUAUCGCCGCAGUGAACAGCGAUGGGGAUGUGCCGUUGGAUAUUGCCGAGGCCGACAACAUGGAGGCCUUACUGCGUUUGGAGAUUGCAAAGAGAGGAGUAGACAUUGAAGUAGCCAAACGGGAGGAGGAGGAAGUGAUGUUGCGGGAUGCGCGCCAGUGGCUGAACGCUAGCAAAAUAGCUGAUGAGCCCCACCCCAAAACCGGGGCCACCGCUCUGCACGUGGCAGCUGCCAAGGGCUACGUUGAGGUCAUGAGACUGCUCUUGCAGGCCGGCUACGACCCCAACGUGCAGGACAAGGACGGCUGGACUCCCCUGCAUGCGGCAGCCCACUGGGGAGUGGAGGAGGCCUGCCGCCUCCUGGCAGAACACUUCUGUGACAUGGAGGCUCUCAACAACGUGGGCCAGCGUCCCUGUGACCUUGCAGAUGAGGAUACUUUGGCUCUGCUGGAGGAGCUGCAGCGUAAGCAGAACGAUCUACGGAGCAAGAAGGAAGCGCACCUGAGGCAGGCUGUUAUCGAUACCUGCUUGGAACAGCCCCCUUCGUAUACAAGCAAGCACCGAAGGAGUUCUGUAUGUCGCAUGAGCAGCAAAGAAAAGAUCUCCGUCCAGGACCAAUCGAAGGAGCGCAAGACUUUGGGCACCAUCGCCGUAGGUGAGGAGGAGACCAGUUCGGCCUCGGAUGGGGAGGAGGCUUCAAAUUCCAGAGAGGCAAAGCCCAGCCUCCCGGCAGAAAGCAGCACAGUGAAUGGAGUCUCUGUGUCCCCUGUCAGUCCCGUCCCUCCCAGCCCUGCUACGCAGAAGUUCUCUGGAGGCUGCAGCCGCACAAUGGAGCCAGAGGACUCCCAAGCCCCCGCGGCCUGGAGGCAGAGUCUGCGCAAGACCAGCAGCUUUGGGGUGCUGCAGGAUGCCAGGCUAGAGGAUGGGGCAGCCAAGGAGGGCAGCGGCAUCAAGAGGUCGGCAUCCAGCCCUCGGCUGGACACAGAAGAAAAGCAAGACAUCCGGGAACUCUUACAGAAGUGGAACAAGAAUCCCAUUGGCCCAGGGUUAGCCAAUAGGAGUGCAGCUUCUGAGCCAGCUGGUGACCCGAGCAAAGAACCACGUCUGGCCCGGGUGACACCAACCCCCACUCGGAGGAUCUUUGCCCUCCCAGACACGGAGCCCCAUCGGGACCCACGGCGAGCAAACUUAGAAGGUGGCCUUCAGAUGAAGAUAGAUAUCGCCCUUGCCCCACACCUGUCCCCCUCCUCCACGGCCACCAGCUCUAGCACGGAUCCCCGGGACCGCCGAAGGUCCUACCAGACGCCCGUGCGGGAUGAGGAGUCGGAGUCCCAAAGGAAGGCCCGUUCCAGGCUCAUGAGGCAGUCUAGGCGUUCCACCCAGGGUGUUACUCUCACCGAUCUAAAGGAGGCUGAGAAGACCAUGGGCCGGGCUGGGGACUCCAAAGCAGCCUCGGAGCAGAGAAGCAAAGAGGAUGAGAAAUUUGAAAAAGAUGGAGAGCAGCAGCCCCAAGAGGUGAUGGAUGCAUCUAGGAGAUUUCGGCAUCCCAGUUCAGACAGCGCUUCGGUUUAUACUGUGAAUCCAUUGGUGGUGAAUUCGCAGCCCAGAAAAGGCUCGGAACCUUACGAGAUGAGCUCAGAGGCGGACUCAGAUCUCCGGAACCGGUUAGCUAUCCGGGACCGCAGGAAAGGCCGGCGGGAGAGACGCAUCAGCGGGCUGGGGGGAAACUCUGAGGGUGAAGAUGAAGAAGAUGUUGAGCAAGUCAACAAUGAAGAUCCAUCAGGACAUGGCAGUGAACACACAAACAGCGUCUUGCCGAACCGGACAACUCCCUGCCAGAGAAGAAACAGUGCAUCGGGCUGCAAAGAGGAACCCGAUACCUAUUACAAAAAACUGUAUGAAGACCUCUCGAUCGAAAACGAGAAACUGAAGGAGCAGCUGCAGGAGGCACAGCUGCAGUUGACCCAAGUCAAGCUGGAGCUGGAAAGAGCGACCCAGAGGCAGGAGCGUUUUGCUGAGCGGCCAGCUCUCCUGGAGCUGGAGAGAUUUGAACGCCGAGCCCUGGAGAGGAAAGCCGCAGAGCUGGAGGAAGAGUUGAAGGCUCUUUCAGAUCUGAAGGCGGACAACCAGCGUCUCAAAGACGAAAACGCUGCUCUGAUCCGUGUCAUCAGCAAGCUCUCCAAGUGACCGCCGCUGCAGCCCCCAGAUUCUGCCACGAAGCCGGGGCCUUACUUCCCAGUCCACCCUUUAGGCCAACCAGAUUUUCAUCAGGGACAGGAAAAAGACAACGAGGAUAAUGGGGCAGCCAGCUUCCUGCGCCAACACCCAAACACUCCAAAUGACAGCUGUUACAAGCCCCAGCCAAUCAGACACCAUUCUUCUCCAUACAGGGCCAAGUUUGUCAACAGAAGUGAUGCCUCAACCUCCCCUCUCUCCUCCACCCUUUCCUUCUUCCUCCUGUCUUUCUUUUUCCUUCUCAGAGACAGUAUUUAUUUUGUGGCUUCCUUAAAGUGACGCUCCUUGCUUGCUUUUUUAUUAUUUUAAUGCACAAGGGGAGUGGUAUGAUAGGAGCCAGUAUUCCUGGGCGUUCAGAUGAGCAGACCAGGCCACAGUGCAGUUUUCCUGACUAGGGAGGAGAGACCAGUGAGAUUUAAGGAUUUUAAGAUUUGGAAGCAAAAUGUGGUUGUGGGGAGAGAAGGGUUAACCGUUUCCCUUCUUUAAAGAAGGGCCCCAGAGACAGGUACUGUUUACAGCGCUGCCCUCUAGGGGUAGUGUCGGACUCAGCAGCCUAAGGACAGAUGCAUCCCCACACUUUGCUGAGGUGCCCCCUGACAAAACCCGCUGCAUUUUCACAGCACGUGAUGGGAGGCGGCACCCAGGAGCCAGUUUUUAUGGAGCUUAGGUUGGCGGCCAGCCUGGGAAUUAGGAAACAGAGCAGAUGGUUUGAAAGUGAUCAGGCAACAGCCCCUGGCAGCAGCCCAGGAGGGGCGGCAUAUGUGUGAGAGAACAACCUGACAGGCCAGGCAGUGCCCUGAAUGGUUUGGUGGUUGGCUUGUAAGUGAUCCUGUGUAACAAGGGAGCGAACCCUGGAUGCCAAACUGGUUUGCCAUGGUCGCCUGCCAAGGCAGGUGAGGGGUUAUCUGUGAAGGGCUGUGACUAUACGAACAGCUCUGGAGAUAGAAGUGCCAUAAUUGGGGGGAAGGGGGGGUUGCAAAAGUUUGGCUAUGUCAGCUCAUUUCCCUGCCUUUUGAAGCCAGUAAAGGGGGGGGGGAGAGGAACUUCUGUUCCUGUUUACGUUUCCCUCAGCAUCUUGGGAUUCGGAUAUGAAUCCUGUCUCUUCCCAAAAUCUGAUGUGUCCAAAGCUUAGUCCUGCCUCCAAGGUCUCUUUUGGCUUAACCUGAGGUUGAGACCAGACCCAGGGGUGCACUUUUCAUGCCGCUCCUACUUUCUGUCCACAGCCUAAUGCCAUCACCCAACACAGUCCUAAGAUUCCUUGGGCAUCUACGGAGAGAGAGAGAGUGCACGCCAAGGCCCCACUGCCAGGGUUGCCACUCCACUGCAGCUUCUGACGCUCCUCCUCCUCCCAAGAGCCGCUUCUUGACCACUCCCACCCAGUCCCCUGGGUCCCUCCGCUUCCCUCGAGGGCUUCUAGCUUUUGUGGCUCUCCUCCUACGUUCCUCUUCCUGCACGCACACAAUCAGCUAUUUUCCAUGUUGAAACUGAGGGCUAGAAGUACUUCCAAGAGAAACUGAGGGCUACAAGUAAAUUCCAUGAGAAACGGGUCCAAAGUACUACCCUGAAAAUCCUGUGUGUGUUAAUUUUUUUUUCCUGCGCUAUCGUGAGCCAAGAUUCCUCUGCCAAAAAAAAAAAAGAAUACUUCCUCCCUCCCCAUUUCUUGUUCGUGCCCUUCUCCCUCCCCUUUCUUUCCUCCACUCAUCCCAGUUGGUGAACAACUCUCCCCCGCCUCCCCAAACAUAUCUGUACAUAACAGAAGUAUUUUCUAUAUGGCUGCAUCGCCACAAAAACGAGAAGAAAAAUGCAGAAAAAACUUAAAUGUGCAAUAUCGCAUGAGUAUUUUUUUCCAAAGAAGUCUCUAUAUUGUACUUGUUUAUUCAGCAGCUCAGCUGCACUUGUUUUAAAGAACAGGGAAUUGAAAUUACCGUGUUUGAAUAUAAUUAAAAAAUAUUUAAAAA